AGACUAACCUAUAUUUUGCCUGCUCAUUUAUCUCUAGGUAAAUAAAUACUGCAUGUUUGUUCACCAUAGAUAGGUGAUAAAUCAUCGUACAUUUCCUAAAGGUUUCUGGACUCGGUAAUUCUCAUAAGAGUGAUUCAAAAUUGUAAAUGAUGCCAUCCCUCUCCUUCCGUGCUGUUUAACUAUCAGGCAUUUGAAUGGACACGUCUCACCGACGGAGGACGACAACAUGGCGGCGUCCCUGCGUCUGGGUCGUCAAGGGAUUUUAUUUGGUCUUAGAUUAUCUAACGUUAAUAAAUGUUUAUGGGCUACACACCCAUGGCAGGAGCAUGUCAGAUACUUCUUUCGGUCACCAUGGAUACUCGGUGUCACCCCAGUCAAAGUCCAAAUGCCUGCUCUUUCCCCCACCAUGGAGGAAGGAAAUAUAGUCAAGUGGCUGAAGAAGGAAGGUGAGGCAGUGGCAGCUGGAGAUGCCAUUUGUGAGAUUGAGACUGACAAGGCUGUUGUCACCCUGGAAUCUAAUGAUGAUGGUAUCAUGGCAAAGAUAAUGAUGGAGGAGGGAAGUCGCAAUGUGCGCCUGGGCACUCUCAUCGCCCUCAUGGUGGAGGAAGGGCAGGACUGGAAGCAGGUUGAGAUUCCCCCUCCAGAUGCUGCUGCUCCAUCUGCAGCUCCACCUGCUACAGAUGCAGCCGCUGCCCCACUUGUGCCCCUCGCUGCUCCCCCUCCAGCCACUCCACCAAAACCCGCCACAUCAGGGCCGUUACGCCUGAGUCCGGCAGCAAGACACAUCCUGGACACCCAUGGUAUUGACCCAAAACUGGCCACACCCACUGGAAUAAGAGGACUUAUUACCAAGGAGGAUGCACUGAAUCUCUUGAAGAUGUCUCCUGCCCCCAAAGCAGCCCCGGCCAUGGCUGCCCCUCCUGCCCCGAGUCCUGUCCCCACCCCGGCAGCUGCCCCUCCGCCCCCAGGCAGCAGACCCAACAUACCUCCUCUCUCUAUUCCAGGGAAACCAGGAGCUCCGGGCACUUUCACAGAGAUCCCCGCCACUAAUGUUCGUCGUGUGAUCGCUCAGAGACUAACGCAAUCAAAGACAACCAUCCCCCAUGCGUAUGCCUCAGUUGACUGUGACAUGGCUUCUGUCAUGCACCUCCGCAAAGACUUGGCCAAAGAACAAAUCAGAGUUUCAGUAAAUGAUUUCAUUAUCAAGGCAGCUGCUGUUACACUUAAAGAGAUGCCAGAAGUGAAUGUGACCUGGUCUGGUGAUGGACCCCGUGCACUUGAUUCAGUCCACAUUUCAAUUGCUGUGGCAACUGACAAAGGCCUCAUUACUCCUAUCAUCAAGGAUGCUGCAAACAAAGGAGUCCAGGAGAUCUCAGCUAAUGCUAAGGCGCUGGCCCAGAAGGCUCGAGAUGGGAAACUUCUACCCGAGGAGUACCAGGGAGGCUCAUUCAGCAUAUCUAACUUGGGGAUGUUCGGUAUCAGUGGCUUCAGCGCCGUUAUCAACCCUCCUCAGGCGUGCAUCCUCGCCAUUGGGACCUCCAGGUCCGAGCUGCGACUGUGUGAGGAUGAGCAGACGCUGCGCACCCAGCAGCUGAUGACAGUCACACUGUCCAGCGACGGACGACUAGUGGAUGACGAAUUAGCCUCACGGUUUCUGGAUAAAUUCCGCGCCAACUUAGAGCAACCGCAACGCAUGGCCCUAGCCUGAAAAAUGAAGUGAGGUAGCUGGAUGAACGUGACUGGAAGGACAGCGCGAGAAACACCUGUAUGACAAAGCCUGACGCAAGAAAAGAGCUCGUAAAAAGUUGAUUUCUGUUCACGCUUGGAUAAGGCUUACAAAAGUAGGCUUGUAUGUAGUAUAACGUGUGUCUGUGGCUUGCUUCUGACAGAUAAUCAGCAGGCUUUGUGAUGGAGGAGUUAAACUGGGCUUCUGCUAGAGUGAUAGGGGAUUCUAGCAGUGGUGCCAAAUUUUACUAAGACAGCAGUCGCAUAGCGGGGUGCAUCCCUCACACUGCCAUAGGGAUGAUCGCUCUAUAACACCGGUGUUGUGUAAAUGUAUAUAUAAAGUGGUUAUUCCAGUUCAAGUUCUAUUUUUCAGUCCCCGUGCAUCUACUGUGUGUAACUAUUAAUAUACAUGCAAGAGGUACUGUAAAAAAUAAAAUAAAAAAAAAAGUAGAUAUUUAUCACUGAACAUCAGUGGCAUUGCAGUUUCCGAUCAGAGUAAAACCACAUGAACCAUUUCCUGUUAUUACAAAUUCAAAUAGAAAUCGGAACUUUAUGAAUUGUUCAUGUUAAUACAUUUUAACUUAUUUAAAGCCAAUACUGUGACAUCCCUGACAACUAAUCUUCCAAGUCCACAUGUAUGCAAAAUAAAUGCAAUCAUUUAGGUUUUGGUUUCUUUUGAUGCCAAUAAAAACACAUUGUUCGACCUUGAAA